CCAGCCAAGAUUCGGAUGACAGCAUCAAACGGGCCAUCCUCAGCCUUUUUCCCCGGGUUUGUUGGAGCUGAAUAUGUAUCUAUCACCAUCAUCAGCUUGCCAUUUGAGGGUAAAUCCCCCAGUGAGAUAGAAAAUCUAGCUUCCUCACAUCUUUAUUGAUUGUCUUUUUUGGUUUGUUCAUAUCCCAAAAAUUCCUUCCUUACCCAAGCUCCCUCGCCCCCCCCCCCGGUCGUUCGAUACAACAGGAUAACAAAGGAGAGAACAAGGGAAAGAAGAUCGGAGGGGAACCUGCUCGGAAAAUAAGAAGAGAUUUGAAAAAGGAUAUAAAAUGCGCCGUAGAAAAGAUCGCGAACCUAUUAUUCUGGUUAUAGAUUUUCAUCAUGCAAGAGGUCCCGAGGUCGAGCAUUGCUUUUGCAAGCAAGGAGCUGAUGUCCUUGUGAAGAAUGAUUGGUCUCUAUUACCAUUCAUGGCACUGUCCGAUGGAGCGCAUGCCUCCACCGAAGAUUUCUCCUACUUUACACUCAAGCAAAGCGCAACAGAGUCGGAGCCCGCCACUUCCCUCUUCGGAAUAUCAUGCACACGCCAGAUGGAUUCGGCAUCGCUGAUCAAUCGACCCCCUGACGUGACGAGGUCGACGGUUCAGAAAGCGGUGGUGGCUGUGAUUGAUGAGCCAAGGCAUUUCGGGCAGUUGAGGCAGAAGUUGUCUAUUGUUACGUCCGCGUGGUUUGCGCAGAGAGAUUUCUCGGAUACGGAUAUUUUAAAGAUAUUCCAGGAAAACUUGGCGGAAAGUUUAGAUAAUGAUGAAGGCCAGAAAGAUGAGAACUUGGGCCUUUCAUUACGAGAGAUGAUCCAUGAAUUCAAGCACCAGACUCUGGUCUUGUUUAAAUGUCUUUUACUGCAACCAAAAAUGCUAUUCUUUGGUACCCGCUGCGAACGACUCUGCAUGAUCCAAUUCUCACUUAUAUCCUUAAUACCCGGCCUUAUUCACCAUCUUGAAGAUUGCGCAGACCCGUCCUUUGAUAGCUACGCAGAGUCUGUUGUUAAACCUACGUCUCUCAAAACGAGUGAGAGGAGCUCAUUACUCGCAUAUAUGGGUUUACCUCUUCAGAUCUUCGGCAAGGGAAGUAUAUUUGGUCCCUACACGCCCCUCCAGCGCCUGGAUCUCCUCGCGGAUUACGGCACGAAAUCUUACGUGGUUGGAUCCACAAACUCCCUGCUGUUGCAGCAGAAAGACCGGUACAGCGAUAUUCUUAUUAAUCUUGACGAAGAUACAAUCAACAUUACCUCGCCGUCCUUGAGAUCUGCUCUUUCGCUUUCCGCAGCUGACAGGCGAUGGAUUGAUUUUCUGACGCAAACAAUCUAUGAAACCUGGGAUGAUAACCAGCCAGAGCGGCCUAACACUCAUGGAUACUUGGGCUCCGAAGAGUUCAUUCGCCUGCAAUUUGAAGAGUAUCUAUUGGCGCUUCUCUCUUGUGAAAAGCUCCACGAUGAAAUGCGUCGCGGUUCGGGAACUUUAUCACCAGGUUUGGAUGUUGAAAGUGACCCGGCAUCUGAAUUUGGCACACAUUUCCUCGAGCGUUGGAGGACAACGUCCAACUACGCUCUGUUUCACAAGCUCACAUCUGACUCUCAUUUGUUCUCAAUCGUGGAACCGCGCCAUCCCUGUGCUGGCGGCUUGGGUAUCCAAGAUAUCCAAAGACGACUGGCCCAACAGAUAUCCGAAUUACACUUGGAUGAGCGAGUUCGCGAGGGCCGCGAAGCUCUUAACAAACACUUAGCCACUGGCCAAAAGAGAGUUAACUUCGCGUUCAACAGUUUCUGGGCUGACAUAAACCAGCGUAAGAAGAACGAACAACAGCGGAGAUACUCCGAAGAAGUUUCUGCGUCAGCGGACACUAACUCAGUAGCAUCUCCCCGGACGUCGACUUCAACGAUUGCAAACUCUCCCGGUGCAGGAUCAUGGACAUUUGGCCCCCGAAAAGCGCCGGUAGUUGACAUUUCCCAGGCGCAGGCAACUGUCGCUGCCGCGGGACAACGUGCAUCUUCCUAUUUUAGUUCCUGGGGCGCCUGGGCAAACGAUCGACGAAAGGAAUGGCAGGAGAAGAAAGCCAGCGGGAGCAACAGCCCGGUGUCAUCGCCUACUGCAGUGGUUUCGCCCCAGAGCUUGACCAUCACUCCUAAAACGAACUCAGACGAUCCGAGUCACUUGCCUGGAAGGGGCUCAGAGGAGAUUCAAGGCCGCACGCAUCACCCUAGUGGCUCCGUGUCCAGCGCGAGCACGAACCUUAGCCACAAGAAGGCAUGGAGCAACUUGUUAUGGAGGAGUAGCGGCAAUCACACCUUUGACCCGGAUAUUCAAAAUAAUGUUAAUCAUAAUAAUACAGCGCGGAGCCAGCGAACAAGCCGAGAUUUGAAGAUCAAGGAACGCGAUACUACUAAUGACGUGAACGAUAACGAUAACAAUAAUUCUAAUACCAAUAUCGAUGCCGUUGCUACUACAGCGAAAAACAGCCCUCCCCCAUCCGAGCCACUACCAACAUUACCGUCGCAAAACAAGGACUCCUUCGCACCAUCAACAGCCAUAUCCAUGUCUGCAAUGGAUGCACAGACAACAAGCCAGCCCAUAUCCUCACCAACCCUCACCGCCGCCGACAAACUGAAGGUAAACUACCACACCCACGAGCCAGCAAUUUCCCCGCUCAAUCUUGAUGAGUCGGCUCAUUGCGACCCUUUUACGGUCGUGGAUCUGUCGGGCCCUACGCAGAAGUCGUCGACUAGUGAGGCUACCACGAAGGCAGAGUAGAAAUAAUUUCGUGGUUGUGGGCAAAAGGGAGAUGGGUGGGUAGCAGCUGGCUAGAAGGCCUUGCUUCCUACUUUUCUUUGUUUCCCCCUCUCCCUUGUUCAUCUACCUUUUAUUGGUUACCCCUGGUUUCUAGCUUCAAGAUGGAGGGAGAUGAUGCAGCAACAUCUCCCUCUUCAUUUUCCGUUCCUGAAAUUACCAUACUGUUCUUCCUGUCAGCCCAUCUCGGCGUUAUCUUUUCUUCCUAUCUCUCUCUCUCUCUCUCUCUC